AUGGGGUUCUCUCAUUCAGACUUGGAAUCUGAAUCCAAGAAGUGGGUAAUUGCAGGAAUAGCAGUUCGGUCUCUCAAACCGAUCAACACAAAGCGCGUUGGUGGUUGCGACAACAACAAUGACAAUGAAGAUGGACUCUGCACAACCCCGACAGCUAAAGAAUCAAGGAUACCCGAAAAUUUGUCUUGUCCUCCGGCACCUCGGAAGUGUCGACCUCCGUCAAAGUGUAAUGGUGCUAAUGGCAGUGUGAGGGAGUUCUUCACACCACCUGAUUUGGAAAGUGUAUUCAAGCUCCGUGAAGCCAAAUGA